CUGGCAGUAUAGUGUGUCACCAGACACACGUGAGUCGUUUCUGGCUGGCUAACCGGGCUGAUCAUCCGUGCAACCGUUGGGUUCGUUAUUUGAACCGAGAGUGCUUAAACAGAUUGCGGGGCGACCAGGUCCGACUGGCCGUGUCCUGUUGAUGAAGAAGGGGACCAGGGUAUUUUUUGGGUGGCUUGCCGCAGUCGAUGGCGCCCAGCUAGCUAGUGGGUAGACCAUCAUAUAUCAAGCUUCCCACCCGCGAUAGCGCGCGGUGUGGUUUUCGCGGUUUCGGGUUCCCCAGGACUGCCAUUUGGGUCGUCUUCGAGAUGCCUGCCUACCCGCUCCAAGUCACCUGCCUGGCGGUGAUAGCUGGCACACCGGUGCUGGCGGCCAUCUUCGUCGCCCUGAGACUAUACACCAGACGGAAAUUGAACUUGCGGCUGGGCUUGGAUGACUGGUUGAUCAUAUUACCACUCCUCCUCUCGAUAGCUUUGAUAGGACCCUCCUUCAGACAUGUCAAGAUGUGGCAUGUCGGUAUACACAUAUGGGACGUCGAUCCGAACGAGAUCGAGCCGGAUUACGACGAAUACUACGCAGUGUCGAUGGCCUUCAACCUUCUCAACAUACCGAUAUUACCACUCGUCAAGGCGUCCAUCAUAUUCCUUCUUCUACGGGCAGGCUCGGUCAUUGAGUGGCUAAAAAAGGCCCUUUACGGCAUCCUCGUCUUCACCGUCGGCAGCGCCCUGAUUCCUUGGUUCCUCUACAUCUUCACUUGCCCGCCGCAAACCGGAAACACGUGGAAGCCGAGAACCUUUGGCAAUCUGCACUGCAUGGGACGACAUAAAAUGGGAGAGAUGCUUAUCUGGGUCACCUGCGCCAAUCUUCUUACCGACUUGCUCAUCUUCCCGAUUCCCUUCAUCAUCGUCCGAAGGAUGAUGAGCGCUCGUUUGCGAUCCCGUUUGGUGGUGCUUGCCGUCUUCACCUCGAGCCUAGCCGUCACAGCCAUCGGCGCCGCCAAAAUCUACCUCUCCUACCGCGACCGGCUCUACUCGCUCUUCCAACCCGACUGGACCUACCCCAUCGACUUCUGCAUCAGCCACAUCGAGAACAACGUCGCCAUCAUCGUCGCCAACGUGCCCAUCCUGCGCGGCCUCGUCACGCGCUGGGUCUUCAACUUCCGCACCAAGGCGACGCCCAUCGAGCGCGAGCGCGAGUUUCGCAGCGAAUGGCAAUGGAACUCAUCGACGAAUUCGUCCACCGUCACGCGCGUGGGGCGAAAGCAUCGUAUCGCGCGGAAGCUCCUGCCGUGCGUCCAAGAGGACUUUUCCUUCUCAUCCUCGCUCGCCCGCUCCCGCGACCUCAGGGACAGCAUAUGCAAGAACAACAACGCGCCAGACUUCCCAGCUCGAAUCAUCACCACGGCCGACUACCGCAAGAACAACCGCAGCGGCCUGCUCAAGGGAAAGAAGUCUCGCCGGAACAGCACGGACCGGUGCUACGAAUCCUCGUCCAGCUGCGAGAAGGGCGACAUGUUAGAAACGGUGCGCAGCGUGGGGAGUCUGGGCUCCGCGCCCACGCUCGUCGAGACGAGGGAUGGUGGUAUCAUCGAUUGGAAGCGCGUGAGUUUCGGCGAGCCCGUGAGCCCGACGACGCUCGUUGCGAGUCCGCGGCGCCCGUCGAGUACGACGCUCAGUCCCAUCAAUCCCCUGCGCCGCACGUCGAGCACCACGCUGUGUCCGCACAACAACGCGCGGCGGCCGUCCAGCCCGACGCUCAGUCCAAUUAGUGGUGGGCGGCGGCCAUCGAGUCCGACGCUCAGCCCCAUCAGUCCGUUGAGGCCGUGUUUGCUGAAGGAGGAGGAGCAGGAGGAUGACGACGACGAAAUAUACCCCUUUCCUUGAGUUUAUUGGGUUUUGAGGUGUUUCGGACGCGACCAGUUGCAAGUUUGAUUUUUUUUUUUAUAGCAUAGCGGGUUGGGAUCAAUCGCAUGGGAGCCACACAAUACCACCACCACAGUAUGAAGUUAUGAAUUUGAAGCUAUCAUGGCAGCGGUACUUACAUUAGUG